CACCUGCACCCAUGAAUCGGCUGCACCUUCCCGCUACGUCCGCUCCUCCAUAACAACCAGCACCUUCCAGUCACCUUACCAUCAGAAGCACCAGCACCGAGCCAGCCAGUUUUGUCGUCCGCUAGUCGUCGGUAUUGGUGAUAAGUGUGCGCUGGUACAGGUAACAUUACAUUACAUACAUAUGUGCGUCUUUGUACAGCAACGUAGUGCUGGUGCCCCAGGUGGUGGUUGAUUCGGUUCACCGAUACCAAAGAGCCUAGAUCUGCUACAUAUACAAAUAGUAUACAAAGAUUUAUCUGUAAGGUGCGCGUUCAGCUAUCUCUGGUCGCAGUGUGCUGUGAAAAGAAGGACCUUGUGACCGCGAGUCCGAGCUUUUCUUGUGAUAUUGUAGUCUAUAUAUACAAAUAGGGAGUCAUGACUGUUACCUAUACGGGGGAGGUACCCAACGGGAGCACCUUCGGUUGUUUCUGGAGGAUAUUGCGAAAAAUAUUUGAAAAAAUACGAACAUACUUCAGUCAUCAAAAUGAAACGAUACCCAUGUCGUUUGUGCUGGGUUUUUACGUAUCUUUGGUGGUAAGACGGUGGUGGGAGCAGUACAGACUGCUGCCUUGGCCAGACACCCUCGCCCUUUUUCUCAACGCAGCCAUUCCAGGCGGGGAUGAGCGACAAAGACUAAUGAGGCGAAACAUUGUACGAUAUGCUGUCCUUGCGUAUGUUAUAACAUUGCAAAGAGUAUCUUUAAGGGUGAAGAAGAGAUUUCCAACAUGGCAACAUAUGGUAGAUUCAGGUUUAAUGUUGGAAAGCGAGAAGAAAAUCUUCGAUUUAAUGGAUGCGAAGACGCCAAUGUCGAAGUACUGGAUGCCUUUGGUGUGGGGCACGAACAUCAUUAACCGAGCGAGGAAGGAGUCGCUUAUCACUAGUGACCAUUUGGUACAAACGUUACUCAUGGAGUUGUCAGAUAUUAGAAGACGACUGGGCUCCUUGAUAGGAUACGACACCGUUUGUGUGCCAUUAGUAUAUACACAGGUGGUAACGUUAACACUUUAUAUGUAUUUUAUGGUGGCCUUAUUGGGGAGACAGUUUGUGCCUGACGCACCCCUAGACAGCGUCGUUGGGAAAUUCGAAGUACCUGACAUGUAUUUUCCUUUCUUUACCGCACUACAGUUCUGCUUUUACCUUGGUUGGCUAAAAGUGGCAGAGGUUCUGAUAAAUCCUUUUGGCGAAGACGACGACGAUAUCGAACUGAAUUGGCUGAUUGACAGGCAUAUCAAGGCAGGAUAUAUGAUUGUCGAUGAGAUGCACGAGGAACAUCCCGAAUUACUGAAAGAUCAAUUUUGGGACGAAGUGGUCCCCAAGGAACUUCCUUACACAGUUGCUUCUGAGCAUUAUCGCCGAGAAGAACCGAAAGGUUCGGCGGAAAACUAUAAAAUAAAAGCCUCAGAUGCACUUUACGCAAACCUGGUAACGCCUCAUCGCAAAAACAACAUGGUAGAUGACAUGUAUGCCGAUUACGAGAGCGUAGACACUCCCAUUGUCGAACGAAGAAAAUCAUCAAAUUGGUUUAGCAGACAAAUUUCAAAAACUAGAGGAUCUAUACGAUCAUCAUCUACAGCUUAUUCCUCUGGAGGACUCUUUGGAAGACCUCGAGGAAAUUCUGUGUACGCCAGCCCAGAAGCUGGACAAGUUGGUGCUCAAGCCCAUGUAAAGUUAUCUAUUUAUGACCGGAUCGUUGGUAGACGAUCGAGCAGAAAUCAGAAAAUCAUUCAGAAACCAGGUAUGGUUAAAGCUCCGGGUCCUGUUCCAAUUAAAGGUCGUCCAAGGAUCCCAACACCUGACGUAACCAAAGAAGUACUGGACAGAGAUCGUUUGGCGACGUCCAUCAACAUGCAGAACCAAAUCUCCGCAGGGGUGACAUUAGUACCUCAGCAAAUAAGUACUGGUUAUCCCAGUUAUGCGGCAGGAACCGAUAUGCCAGUGGUACAAGUGGUCCUAUCUCCAAUUCAGGAAUUAGAUGGUAGCAAUUCGGGCAACAACACUCUACAUCCUAAUCAACCAAGCACUGCUGCUCUUGCCAAAGCGAUCCUCUCGCCUGGAAUAGGACCAGUUCUGGCACCGGUUAGCGUGCCCAUGACCGUAUCACAACUCACUUCUCUGGGCUUGUCCUCCGUCACGAAUAGUCCCAUGCUGACAAGAUCCUUUGGAAACCACAUGGAGAGUAAUCCAACCUUUGUGAACGCUUUCCAUUCAACCAUUCCUCCAGAAACACCAAAUUCCCAAAGGAUUUCCUUGACGGAGGUGUCAGCAGCCGACGAUCCAGAAAGAAACAUCAGCAGCAGAAGCAGCGAAACGUCCAUGGGAUCGGAAGGAUCGAACGAUUCCAAGGAUAGCAAAGGAUCCAUGCAGUCCAACACGACAGCCUCGGUAGCGUCCAAGAGAAGCAUUCCAGAAAUAGACGAGAGAACGGCGGAUCCGAGCAGCGUCUUGAAGUCUGUGAACUCCAGCAACUUACCCAAUGUGCCCAGUACGAAUGAUACAACGGCAUUGUUGCCUAAUGUUGCGUCCCAUAACUCGAUAUCAUCAGUUGAAGAGCCCCGAAGCCGAAAAACGUCAACGGUUUCAGUGAGCGCGACGGCGAAUUCACCAAAGAGAGGUGAAGUUUACGUAUGAGAAUGGACGUGGCGAUUAAUAAAUGUGAAUAUAGCGAAUUUUUUCGACGGACUUACGAUAACAAAUAGAUAAAUAAAAGUGUGAUAUAGGACUAUUGCAUAGAUGGUAAUUAUAGAAAGAUGCUGUCAAAAAGCGAAUGAGAAAAUAAGAAAGUCAACUGUUCGGAAAUGUAGCAAUCUAUUCUUCGACAGAUGCAAUACGAAUUACUAUGUAUAGUAGAUUAUAGGUCAAUUGACUAGACAUGUUCUUGAUUAGAUAUUGACGGAAACGGUCAUUUAUUUAUACGACGUUUCGUACCGGAGUGAUCGAUACUUAUGUGGUUAUUUAAAAUAUGUACAUCAUAUUAAGUAUGUAAAAAUUUGGUAGGCUCAUUGUUACAAACAAAACAAUUGGGCAUUGAUGACUUUUGUCUGUAAUUUUUGUAAAUUAUUAUCCAACAAAUAAAGAACCAAUGU